CUACCAUAGACAUUUACUUCCUGCCUUUGUGGUACCACAUUUGUUUUCAUUUCAACCCAACUCGUCAAAUUGUCGAGGCAACUGUGUUCCCUGCUCACUGUAAUAGUUCGGUUUAAAAUAGUUGAGUCGCUAAGUUAUAUUCUCAAAAUACUUAUCUAAUUCGUUGAGCUAUUUCAACACGAAAACUGACAUUUACAAGUCUCGUUGAGAUACGCAUUCGUUGCAAUCACCGAGUGUUCCUGCCAGGUGAGCUGCGGGCUCCAUUCAAGCAUAAACUGGAGAUCGAUCCAAAAAUGGCUUCCACGCCCUCCUUAACCAAGCAGAUUGGUAUAAAAAGACUCAGCGACAGGAUUUGACAUAUCAUAUCUCGCAGAAUUAUUGCAUCAUGUCGGUAGAAUACACCAUUGAUAUCCAGCUGACAGAAUUGGGUUUUCCAAUCAUCGGUCAGCCCCAGGAAAGUCUCUCGGCGUCACUUCCAAACUCCUUGCCACCUUGCCACACAACCACAUUGACCCAAAACCCGCACAAAGAAAAUCUACUGGCCAUAGACCAACCGUCGAAACAGCCUGACAAGGAAACGCAGGUGGUGUUGCCAUGUCCGUCACAGAGCACACAGGAAAGAAGCGACACCACUAGCAACUUGCCGAUAUUGAUGUUCCACCCGCAAGUUGUCCUGGUCAAUCCAGCGCAAUCACAUGCUCCCCAACAUCAGGAAGAUGUGCCCAUCAAUCCAGCGCAAUCACAAACCCCCCAACAGAAGGUGGAUAGUGACUCUGAUGACAGUAAUGUGUCGGUGGUCGGAGAUGAGGAGGAGGAGGAGGAGGAUGAUGACGGCGGUGAGGAAGAAGGCCAUAAUAAUGGGUCGACUAACUCCGGCAACUUUGUCUGCAGUGUUUGUGGUCUCAAGCUGCCCUCGGACUUCAAACUCCAGGACCACAUGAACCUUCACACCGGAGCGCGCCCGUACUGCUGCGCUGAAUGCGGCAAGCGCUUCUCUCAGAUCCACAAUUACCGCGUUCACCUGCGCACACAUGCCCAGAAAGUGGAGCGGCCCCACUGCCGCGUCUGCCUCAAGGUGUUCUUCACAAACAAAGCCUUGGCGGACCACGUGACCAGAGCCCACUGGCAGGAUGAGUUCUACGAGUGUGACCUGUGCAAACGUGUCUUCACUUGCGUGGCGGACUGUCAAGACCACAUCAAUUUGCACCAAUCCACGCCGGAUGUCGUCUGUGAAAAAUGUGGCCGCCACUUCGACACUCCAACGUCCCUGAAGCGCCACCGGAUGAGCUCCUGUUACAUCAUCUUUAAAUGCACCGACUGUCCCAAGACCUUCAACAAGAAGGACGCACUUCUUAAACAUAGCUUCUCCCAUCUGGGCUUGUUGCCUUACACUUGCGUCCGAUGCCACCGCCACUUCCGCCUGGCGACGCUUUACCGCCAGCACAAAUGUCAACCGGGACGCAUCCACUGUGUGGCCUGCCUAAGAGAGUUUGUCAGUCAGCGCGACUUCCAGCAGCACAAGAAGGACACCGGCUGUUGGGGAAAGCAGGAGGACAUCGGCGACCAAAUCCGCUGCUUGGAGUGUGGCCUGCGCUUCGCCAAUUCCGACGAGCUGAAGAAACAUGCCGGGGCUCACCAAAGGGUCCUCAAAUGUGCCGAGUGCGGGAAGGGGUUCCGCUCAGCCUUGUUGCUUAUGUCCCACAUGGGCGGCCAUGCUGGUAAUUCUCCCUGUCUUUGUCAAAGCUGUGGGCUUGGCUUCCCGCAUCAGCAAAGCUAUGACAGCCAUCUGAAGACAUGUGGACAAACUCCUCCGCCUGCGGAUGCUCUCAAGAAGCAGCAGGUCCGAAAGAGCUCUUCCUUGAAAAGAAAGCUGGAGACCAGCGACACUAAUAUCGUCCCACGUCCAGCAAGCACUGAGUCCACCGAUGGGCUAAAUAAUCUUGCUGCACCGCUCACAUACUCUCCUGUUCCAGCUGCCUGGCCCGCCUCCGGCGCUGAUCCAGCAGACGGCUGUUGGAAGCUCACUCUAAACAAAACACCUCCGCCCGGUCUUGAUCUGGUCCUACUUGUCCCAGACGGCCUGAGUGUCUCACCCAAUGUCUCACAGAAAGUCCCAGCACAUCCUCAAAAGAUCCUUUGGACCGUAGUCGACGAUACGGACUGUGAACCGCUGGAUUUGUCCAAGAAAGCAUCCAGUCCGCCAGUUCCAUGUGGUCCCACACCAAGUGACAUUCCAGUCAGUGCGGUUAAAAGUGAACAAAUGGAGUUAGAAAUCACCCGAGAGGCGGAGGAGAGGGCGACAUUAAACCACUCGGCUGUUGUGGAUCAUUCGUACUCCACACUGAAAAGUGACAUCAAGGAGGAGCCGUCUUCUCCUGACUCGCAGCCUGCAGACCAGAAUUAGAAAGUGGAGUUUACACCAGUGUGAUCGUACAGACAAAAACAAUGAUUUUGUCUUCUUUUGCUCGGAGGACUAAAUGAGAUAUUGUUUCUUCAACAUUCCUAUUUUUGGCACAUAAUGUUUUGGGUGCGUGCAACAUGGUACUAUUCCAAUUCCUAUGCAAUUAUGUCUUACAAUGUUUCAAUAAGUAGGAACACUGGCUUUUAUUUCCUAUUACUUGCAACACUUGAAAGAAUGUUUGUGUUUAAAAACACCACAUUUACUGUA